UAAAUCUAAAUGUAGAACACCACCCUAGAAUGAUAAAAAUCCACCCAUUCAUUUUUUUAAAAUCCCCAAUAAACCUCAAUUGAGCCCUGCCUAUGACUGCUGAUGGACUCUGCUGUCUCCGCCCUCAUCGAGUUGUACACUGUCCGCCAUUGUUUUCACGCUGGACUACUUACAGUGAGCUACAAGAAUGUUUUAUAAACAAACGUGCUUUGUUGUUGGAUGCCAGACUGAACAUAAGUCUGCAUUUACUCCCGACAUCUGAGCCUCUGAAGACGCUGUGGAUUAGUUAUAUUUCUCAACGGAAUGAGCAGAAGACGUCAAGUCACUUUAAACCGGGAUGCUUCACAAAAGAAUCAUAGUAAAAUGUUGGAUUCAUGAUGGGUCAUGUUUUCAGUUUUUAAACAUAUGACGCGUUUGUCUCGUGCAUUGUCACUUAUAAAAACAAUGUGCACGUUGUAAAGACGUAAUGCGUUUGUGCAUUCACUCAUAGAGAGCAUGUUUUCAGUUUUUAUAGAUAUGAUGCGUUUAUCAUGUUAACUUUCACUUAUAAGAGCAAUGUGCCGGAUAUAAAGACGUAACGCGUUUGUGCAUUCACUCGGAAGAGAGCGUGCUGAGUUUUUAAACAAAUAACGCAUUUGUCUUAUGUACUCUCACUUGUACAAAACAAUGUGUUUGGUUUUUAAAGAUGAGACAGUGUUUCUCAUUUGUUUAAUGACCAUUUUUUUCAGUUUUGUUGUUACUGAAGCACGGGCUCACACAGUUCUGCUGGAAAGGGGGCGGAGACCAGCAGCUCAUUUGCAUUUAAAGAGACAAACACCAAAACAGCCUGUUUUUCCUCAAAGGCAAAAAUGGACAUGUAGGACACAGUUUAAUAAAAGAUCUGUGGUGAAUUUUGAGCUGAACCUUCACAGUCGCAUUCUGUGGACUCCUUAGAUUUAUAUUACAUUUUGUAAAAGGGCUAGAUUAGGGGGCCUUUAAGCAAAGCACAUAAAGGAAAAGUUCACAAAUAUAAUUCUGUCACCUCGUACAAAGCCUGUAUGCUGUGACAUUGUACAUUUUACAAAUGUGCAAAUGGUAUAAUUUACUACACCUGCACUCUUCGGUAAAAGGUAUUUUUUUCCAUCAUCAGCUAUAUGGAGAGUACAGGGAACAUCCUGGUGGGUCCCAGCGCAGAGAGGCCACCCGCCUACUAACAGAGAGACAGAGGAAAAAACAUGGUGGACAUCACCACCACCAUGGUCACCAUGGGCGGAGUCACAGCCGAAGUCGACAUCACAGCCAUCAUCAUCUGGAGCUGGAGAUAGGGAGUCAUGACGGACAGGAGCAAGAACAGGCCCACACAUCCUCAUUCAAGAAACGCCGCUCCUAUUCCAAGUGCAGAGAUUGUGUGGCUCGGGUACAGAAGUUCCUCGUUUCUAAACUGGGAGAAGAUUGGAUCUUUCUGGUGCUCCUUGGUAUUACAAUGGCAUUAGUAAGCUGGAGCAUGGAUUACGCUAGUGCCAAGAGUCUUCAAGCAUAUAAAUGGUUUUAUGCGGAGUUGAAGGGAAACAUCCCGCUGCAGUACCUGGUCUGGGUUUUCUAUCCUAUGGCGCUCAUCAUUUUUGCCUCUCUCUUCUGCCACCUACUCGCUCCUCAGGCCAUUGGCUCUGGUAUUCCAGAGCUGAAAACCAUCCUUAGAGGUGUUGUGCUGAAGGAGUAUUUGACACUUAAAGCAUUUAUUGCCAAAGUGGUUGGACUCACUGCUGGCCUGGGCAGUGGAUUGCCAGUUGGAAAGGAGGGUCCUUUCGUUCAUAUAGCCAGUAUCUGUGCCGCUGUGCUCAGCAGGUUUAUGUCCUUCUUCUCUGGAGUCUAUCAGAGCCCAUAUUGUUAUACAGACAUCCUCACAGUGGGUUGUGCUGUAGGGGUUGGAUGCUGUUUUGGGACCCCUCUUGGAGGUGUGUUGUUCAGCAUUGAGGUCACAUCAACCUAUUUUGCUGUGAGAAACUACUGGAGGGGUUACUUUGCUGCCACGUUCAGUGCUUUCAUAUUCAGGGUGCUGUCUGUGUUUAAUAAAGAUGCAGUCACCAUCACUGCUCUCUUCCGUACCAACUUCCGCAUGGAUUUUCCCUUCGAUCUGCAGGAGCUCCCAGCGUUCGCCAUUAUUGGGAUAUCUUGUGGCUUUCUUGGAGCUUUUUUCGUAUACCUGAACCGCCAAGUGGUCCUGUUUAUGAGGAGACCGAACAUCCUCACUCGUUUCCUAACAAAACACCGACUGAUCUUCCCUGCUGUUGUGACCUUAGUAAUUACAACACUGACAUUCCCUCCGGGCUUCGGACAAUUUAUGGCUGGAGAGCUGAUGCCCAGGGAAUGCAUCAACUCGCUGUUUGAUAACUUCACCUGGACAAAAAUAUGGGGCUCUCCUCCUCCACCUGGUCUCGGGCGCUCGGCUGUCUGGUUUCACCCUGAUGUCAGUGUCUUUGUCAUUCUCAUUCUCUUCUUCAUCAUGAAGUUCUGGAUGUCUGCAGUUUCCACCACGAUGCCCAUCCCAUCUGGAGCCUUCAUGCCUGUCUUUGUAUUGGGUGCCGCAUUUGGUCGUUUAGUGGGUGAGAUCAUGGCCACUCUCUUUCCUCAUGGGAUCAUGUUUGAUGGAAUAUUGUACCGCAUCAUCCCUGGAGGGUACGCUGUCAUUGGCGCCGCAGCGCUGACGGGCGCGGUCACCCACACCGUUUCCACGGCAGUGAUCUGUUUCGAGUUGACUGGUCAGAUAUCUCACAUCCUCCCUAUGAUGGUUGCCGUCAUUCUGGCCAACAUGGUCGCCCAGGGCUUGCAACCCUCACUGUACGACUCCAUCAUCCAGGUCAAGAAGCUGCCGUAUCUCCCCGAGCUAGGAUUCGGCCACAUAAGCCAGUAUAAUAUAUUUGUGGAGGAUAUCAUGGUGAGGAAAGUCAAGUUUUUAUGUUCCCACUCCACAUACAGAGAAGUUCUGCAUUUACUGGAUUCAGUUUCCUUAAAAACCUUCCCUCUGGUUGACUCAAAAGAAUCUAUGAUUCUAUUGGGCAGCAUUGAGAGAUCCGAGCUUCUCGCCCUCUGUGAUUGGUGGCUGUCAGCAGAGAGGCGGAUCUUGAUGCAAGGACAGGGCUCGCAAGGUCAGGUGCCAUGUGCCAGAGUCAGCUGGGAAUCGUUUGACUUUGUCGAUGAGGAUGGAGAGGAGAAUGAAGAUGAAAAUGAAUUAGACAAAGGGAUGCAGAAAGAGACGAUGCCAGUGGAAGAGGAACGAAACGGUCCUGUGUCACCGCCUAAACCAUCAGAACCUUCAACCAAUCACACGUCUCCUGAUAAGGCUCCUUCCCAGUCUUUCGGGAGAAUAUUACGAAAUGUCUUUUCGUCCUCUUCAGAAAAACACAUAGAAGGUCAGCCACAGGAGUCUAAUCCUCCACCUUUGACAGAUACAAUGACACCAGAGGAGAUCAAAGCAUGGGAGGAGGCAGAGAUGGACAAACCUCUAGAAAUCGAUCAGAUCAGAAUAGACCCCUCCCCCUUUCAGCUCGUAGAGAGAACGUCACUACAUAAGACUCAUACUCUGUUCUCUUUACUGGGGCUGAGUCAUGCCUAUGUAACCAAUACUGGGAAACUGGUGGGAGUUGUGGCACUGAAAGAGCUACAAAAAGCCAUCGAGGGUUCCACCCGUAGCGGCGUGCGUUUACGCCCCCCUCUGGCCAGUUUCCGGGACACCAUUCGUAAAUCUGCGAAGCCUCCUCAGGCCUCCUCGCCUCCAUCCUCUCCGGGCUCCACCACGGCCCCCUCCUCACCCCUGUGUGCCCCCGUGGUCCCUCACGGCCAUUCCCCGAGCCCCGCGGCCCCAGAGAAGGACCAGAAAGAAGAAAUGGAGGUGUGGAUUGAGGGUGUGAAGCGGGAGGUGAUAGUGGAGAACAGCAGGAGCACGACAGGAAGCAGCAGGAGUAGUAGUGGGACAGGAAGUAGUAACAGUGAGGCAGGAAGUCCCAAUAGUAGCCCCUCCCUGCCGCCCUCCACUCUUUCCCCCAUCCCUUUCUCCACCCUGCAGCCUGUACCCGAAAACAAGGAGGGUGAAGACGAGGAAGAAGAGCCGCUUUAGAACAAAGAGUUUUUUUUUUUCUUUACUUUGAUGUGUGAUUGUGUUUGUUCACUUCAACUUUUUUGUUUUUUAGUCAUGUUUUGUUUUAAGGUUUUACAGUGUCCCAUUUAGUUUUUCUCUUCCUGUUUUGUUCCUCGUCCUCUCACAAACAAAUUCUGUCAAACAGUAGAAACUUUUUUGGAUGGUUGUCGCGAUGUGGCCCAGGAGCAGUUUUAUAAUGAGACUUGUUACUGAAAUUAUGGGCAAACCGGUGCUCCCCAAUAUAAAAAACCUAAUAUAAUUUAAAUAUAACAUCCCUGUUUUAUGUCUUCCUUUUCAGUCAGCAGGUAACAUGGAACCUGUGAUUUACUUACUAAUGUUUUCAAUGCCAUUAUGCAUUCAUUUUUAAGUGGAAGUCAUAAAGAAUAUUCUUACUGAAUUUGGCUAUUUCUGUCACACCUCAAAGCAAAAGUUGGCCAGCAGGUGGCACAUUGUGAACUUUUUCAGAAUUUAAUAGGAAGGAAUCUCUCUCUUCAUGUCUUUUUUUCUGUAAUAUUUUUCUGUUUUGUAACUAUUUUAGUUCAGGGUGUGUUCUGUCUUUUUUCGAAACCUGUCAUGUGGUUCACCUUAUCUGUCAAAAAAUACUCUCAGGUGUCUCUCAUGUCUUUAAACCAAGACUGCUGUUUAUGAACAAUCUAUGUGGAAUUAUGUGAUCUAUUGUCAUUUCAGUGAAGUUUGAGUUAUAUUUGUUUGCCUCUUUGUUUCUCAUCCUUAUUUACUUAUUUAUUUAUUCAUCGUUUUUUCUGUGUGAUGGGAUGUUGACAGAAACCUAAGAAAUUCUGGCUUGUUUCAACCCACGUUUGGGUCAAGUAUGGACAAUUGUGACCCAUCUAGUCUUUUUUGGGGGGGGUGAUUUACUGUUUUCUGCAUGAAAUCAUCCUACAUAAUGUAAAGUGCCUUCUGUGAAAAUAUAAUAUUGCCUGAGUACGGCCAUGUCAAAAAUAUACAAUAUAGAGAAAUUGAUGCUUGAAAUCAAACUUUGAUGCUUAUUAUCUCAUUAUUAGAUUAUGAGACUUCAGCCUGGUUUUCACAGACAGGGUCACAUUUUCUAGGUUAAUUUAAUCCAAUGGUUGGGUUUGUUCCUAUUUUACCCAACUAUAAGUUAAACAAGCCAGUCUUUUUGGAUUGUUUGAGCCAUAAUUUGUAAAAUGAUUUUUUCAAAUAAUGUUUUGUCUAAGUUGUUGUGUGU